AUGGAAGAUAAAAACGAGAUAUCGAUGCUCGGAUUAUGUAUGAAUCCUAGUUUUGAAAACUUUGAUCAUUCUAACUACCAAAAUCAUAUAUCCCAGCUUGAUACUCUCUUUUUAUCACAAAAGCGAGAAAUUGAAGAAAUGAAUAUAGAAGAGCUCAAAGUGCAUCAACUGCCUCUAGCCAGGGUCAAGAAAAUAAUGAAAGCAGACGAAGACGUCCGAAUGAUAAGUGCAGAAACCCCAGCGUUAUUUGCAAAAGCUUGCGAAAUGUUCAUAUUGGAAGUCACUCAUCGAUCAUGGAUCCAUACUGAAGAAGGCAAAAGGAGGACUUUACAAAGAAAUGACAUAGCCGCGUGCAUAGCGAGAACGGAUAUUUUCGAUUUUUUGCAGGAUAUGAUCCCUGGAGAGAGUAAAAGUCUUUUUAAAGAAAGUUAUUAA